GCUGGUUUCAGGAAGCGGAAGCAGGAAUGCUGGAUUUUUUUUUUUUUGGGGGUAAAAAAGUUUGGACAAGUUUUUCACUUUGGGCUCAUAGACGCGAACUUCAGAGGGGAAACAUGACGGUGUGGUCCCUGUUGCUGAUAAAUCUGUAGAGUCGUCAGUCCUCUGACUGACGGACCAGAACUUCACACGGACAUCACAAGUAGAGUUGUGGGAAUGGAGAACACCGUCACUUCUCAAGAUCCUGCAGUGAAACAAUCCAUCAUGGCCCGUGAGAGACGGCAGGCCUGGGCUCAGAGCAAAGACUCCCUUGGACAACGAUCGAAGCUAGAACUCAAUGACAGACAGAAAGCUCCUCACAUCGAGAAGAAUGGGCGUACGGAGACACCAGCUGAACAACCAGGACAAGUUCCCAACAAGAUUGCCACCUGGCUGGAUGAAUGCAGGACCCCCCUUGGAGCGUCUCUGGAUGAUCAGAAUGCCUCCCCCAACAGAGGGGCAUUAAGAAACGGCUGCAGCUUUGAAGAUGACCUUUCGCUGGGAGCUGAAGCAAAUCACCUUCAGAAUAAAAGUAACAUGGUUCAGUCUAGUUUUGAUGUGGCGGAUCACAGAAGGAGUCGGUACAGAACAAAGGGGAGUAUGAACUCUACAGGGUCCGGGAAGAGCAGCACAGUUUCCAGCAUUUCAGAGUUACUGGAACUAUAUGAAGAAGACCCUAUAAUUACCCUCUUAAAUCUGGGAUUUGGUCAAGAAGAACCGGACCUGUCCAUGAGAGUUCCCUCCAGGUUCCUCAACAGUGCAUCCUCAGCACGAGGCAUCGACACGAAGGUCUACCUGGCAGCACAGCAGCAGCGAAUGGAAAUGGAGAACCCUAACUACGCUCUAACAAGUCGUUUCCGUCAGAUUCAGGUCUUGACAACAGUUGCUAAUGAAUUCAUCAACCUUUACGGUCAGGUCUCUGGACAGCCAGUUCAACAAAUCAGCAUGCCAGAACAAGGUGGUGUGGGGAGAGAAUCAGCAGGAGGAGUCGAGGCUCCUCCUCCUCUCAAGAAGAUGAACUCUGCAAAAACCGCUGCCAAAUUAUUCCGCAAGUUGAGCAAACAAAGCUUGAUUCAGAGUCCCACCAAACCUGAAGAACCUAAUUCAACUGUACAGCCCCUGCAGCUAAAUGAACAGCAGACCCCCCCCAAUCACGCACUCGCCAACGGUCACACACGAAGCGCUCCGGCACAGGAGGGUAAAGUCACUGUCCUUCCAACAGUUCAAGAGAAAACCAGCGGGAGUGAAGAGGGAGAUCAAUUGAUGGACACCAGCCCUGAACAGAGCAGCACAGCACCGGAGCAUCAACUGGAGUCUCCGAACCCUCAGUCAGUCCACCACAGAGCAGACGUGAAUGAACCUCAACCGGCCUUGGAGGAGAACAGCUCCUCCUUUUCUACAGAGGAAGAUCCCUCCACGCUGGUGCCGCCUCAGGCGGACAAAGGAUGUUCAAACACCACAGACUCUUUUGAAAUAGAGGAGAUUUCUGCUACCGAGAAGGAGGCUGUGACAUCCAAACACAACGAGUUCUCACGAUCGGAGAGUCAACAAUCUGACAGCAGUGGAUUUGUGGAAUUCAAAAAGGAGCGUUCAGACAGCCACGACAGCGAGACAACGGUGACAUCUCAGCCUUCACAAGACGUCAGCACACCCCACGCACUGGACCAACCAGCUUUUGAUUUGCCCUCAGCCCAUCAGGCCAUAAAUCCUGAUGAAAGUAGCAACUCAAGACAAGAGGCUGCAGGUGACGGCUCCUCAGAACAGAUUCUACAUCAACUCCCCGUGAGCACAGUUCAUCCAGAGAUAUCAGAAUUGGAAAAAACUGAAGGCAAGGACAAAAGUCACACAGAAAUGGAUUCUUCCCAGAGCACACCUGGGUUUGAAAAGGAACCACAACCGGAAUUAGAAACCAGAGAGAAUCUGCCUGUUUGUUCACAAGAACCACAGCACACAGAGAACUCUAUUCAGAAUGUGACGGACAAAGAGCUAUCAAUACCGGAAGCUGAAGAUGAGACUAAUUUAGAGCCAAGAACAUCUGAGGAGUCUCCUCAGCCUCAUCUUGAGGGACCACUCUCUCCCAUUGUCUGUGCCUUGAAUCGUGUCAAACAGCGCCUGAAAACCAGCAGCAGCCCCUCUCAACAUGCAGCAUUAAGACGAGGAAGACGAGGGUUCCCUUUGCAGAGAUCCUCAUCCUUGCCUUCUUCCUUCAUCUCGCCGUCCAGAGUUGUGUCCUCUGUCAGAAUCCAGCUUGGACAAGGCCAAGCAUUUUGCACUCCUCCUAGUUACUCCUACAAAUGUGUUCCAGAGACUCCAGAGGAAGAAGAGGUGCCCAAUAACAAGAAGGAGACGAAGGAUGGUAAAAGUAACUGUGUGUCCACUCUUUAUAUUAACCCUGGUUUGAACAAAAUCCAGUCUAGACUCUCACCUCAACGUCCAGGAUCCUCCUCUUCUCUAGGCAGCAUCAGCCCGUCUCCUGUUUUGUGUAAAAGAGGUGACACUCUGAGUGUUCCAGAGUUUUUGUCCGGUCAGCAGCCCAGACUGUCCCAGGAGGCUCAGAGCACCUACCCAAACCAUCAAAGCGGGAGUCAAGGACAAUCAGUGUUUCCAAGUCCUAGUCCAGGAAGUAUGAAUGCUCAUCCACAUCCCCCUUAUUAUAGUCCUCCUCACUACAUCAGGAAAUUUUUCGACGACUAUUCCAGUCAAUCUAGUCUCCCCAUAUCAGCUACUCCCCCUCUGUCCAGGAGCCUCGUCGACUUGUACCCAUCUUGUGCUUGUGGCAGUCCUUUAGGUUAUCGAUCUUCCCCAACACUCAACCCAAGCUACAACUAUCCAUGCUAUACUUUGCCUUUUCGGGAUCAACAACGGUAUCAACCGUUCCCCCGGUACCCAACCUCUGAGCCCGGUGUCCAUCCAGCUUUCACUUUACCUGCUGCUCCAGCUGCCGGCUACCACCCAUCCAGCACGGAGGUGCAGCUCAGGCGGGUUCUUCAUGACAUCAGGGAAACAGUUCACCAACUCAGUCAGACCAGAGUCAACACUCCUGACUUGUUUAGUGAACAGAGAGCUCCUUUCGGCCAUCAGCCUUUGGAAGAGUUUCAGCAGAAAAGGCGGAGUCUUAACGUGUUCCGCCGUCAGAUGAUGGACCUGGAGCUUUCAAUCGUGCGACAGCAAGCUCCAGUCUACAAUCACAUGAGCCCUGCUGACAGACUUGAGGCGGAGCAGCUUCAGUCUCUGAGGUCGGCGGUCCGAGAAGAACUCCAGGAACUAGAACAGCAGAUGGAGGACAGACUGAUGGAGCUGACACAGCACUUGUGCAGCAGAGGUCUUCACAGGGGCAGCAGUGUUGACAGUUUUUCAACAGUGUCUGCGCUGAGAGCCAUGGAGCCGAUGUCUGACCUCCUCAGAGAACAGUACCUUCUACAGUCGGAACUUGGCUACAACGCCGCCAGUCCCUCCCCCGGCCCUUCAAGUCGCUCCUCCAGUCCGGUCAGAGAAUUUGGAGAAGCAGGGGAUGGCAAGCAGAAACAGUAUCGAGCCUCCAUCAAUUUGACCCCGAUGCCCCCUCCUCGACCUAACGCAUCUACUGGGAGGGAGGAGGUGGACCAAGGAAGAGACAAUGAAGGAGUAGAAGAAGAAGCAGCUUCUAAACAGGAAGGUGCUGCAGAACCACUCAAAGGGGAGAACUUUCAACAGCUUAUUCGAGAGAUUCGAGAAAGUGUGGCACAAGAAAUACGACGGGAGAUCUACAGCGAACUGUUAGCUGCUGUUUCCCCGCGAGCUUCAGCCCUCUCGACCAAGCAACAACCCCUGUAGUGACGACAGUAGAACCCUACCCCUCCUUUCACUGCCAGCCUGAGUAAACACAGCUUGAGCAACACCACUGCCUGUCUCCAACACUGUAACUCUGAGGAACACUGAGGAACAACACAUGUCUGUAACACUGUAGAUCUGUAGCACUGAGAAAGAAGCACAUGUGUCACGUACAAGAGUCUCCUCGCUCUAAUCGCUCUGAUGCAUGCUGGGAACACAGUCCAGUUCCCAAUUCCCAAUGAAAUUUACUUUCUAGGUUUCCGCCUUAGGAAACAGCUGUCGUCACCAAUAUUAUCAUCAAAAAAACCACUGCUGCCAUUAUCACCACUACUAAUGACAUACUAAUUCAUAUUUUGCACCAAGACAAAAAUUUAGCCGUAGAUCAGAUUAGGAUUAUAUUGUAAAUACUACUAUUGAUAAAAUAAUUUAACUUUUCUUGUUUUUACAUCAACACACUGCUGUCUGUAUAGUGUAUCUUAAGGAAAAAAUAAUUGCCUAAAAUAUACGAAAAGAAGGAAAUGCUACCAUGUGUUCAGAAAUACAAAAAUAAGAGUUUAGAAAGUAGGAUACUUCUUUAAAUUUUCUUUUGCUGUUUUCUUAGGGGACAGAUCUCUGGAGUUACAGCCUCAAAUAUUUCAAUAGAUUGAGUUUGUGCUGCUUGUGGCAGUUGAAAAUGACAUGAAAAUCAUUCAACUCUGUAUUCCAAAUGUAUUAUUAUUUUAAACAUGUAUCCAGUAUUAAAAUAGUGAGUUUAAAAAAGGCACAGAAACAAAGAUGCUGAUUGAGAAAAACGUAUCCUAAAUUCUAAAACUCACAGUAUUUUUUUUUUCAUUCCAUGAUAUUAUCAAAACACAGAAAACAAAAAUAAAAAGAUAAUACACGCUAGCCAAUCAUGAUUUUUUUUAAAGUUAUUUAAUAAACAUUAAAAACAAAUCCACAUAUAGGUUGUAUUUCUUUUGCUACAAAAUCCUCAUUUUAGUAGCAUGGUGAAAAAAAUUAGAUUAAAAACCAAAAAGAGAUUUAGAGCAGUAGAGGGGCUUUUUUAUUACCCUUUUGCUUGUUUGCAUGGCUUUUGCUGGGCAUUGAAUAUGUUCCGUCUGCCUUUUAAAGAUUUUUCCUAUGCAAACUAUCUAAUUUCUAAAUCUUCUAUCUUCUAAGCACAUUUCACAGUGAAUCUAAUAUGUUAUAAUACACAUCAGAGGUAUAAUGAAAAAUCAUCAUCAUCAUCUUCAUCAUCGUGAGCCUGACCUUUCAACUUUAGCUUGACACUUUAACAUAUCAGGUAACCUGGGGGGGGGGGGGGGGGGGGAGCUGAUGCCACCUUCAGUUUAAUAGAAAUCAGAAAUAAUUUUUAGCAUGAAUACCAAAUGUUGCUAAUUGAAACUAAUUGUAAACCUGAAUCAAAAUCACUACUUUCAUUCAAUUAAAGGAAAUAACUGUUUUUUAGUUUUUUAUGACGAUUAAACAAUGAAAGUAAAAGUUUUGUAACUGCUGGAAGGUGUUUAUUGUUCUGUUUCAAAACUGUUUCCUGUUUUUUAUUGUGCAAAGACAGUAAGCAGCAGCCUUUGCUGUGUGGGUGCAGCAGUCUGAACCAGUCACCAUGAAAAAGUUGUGUGAUGUCUUAAAGCGCAGAAGCUCGGAGGUUAGAGGUUCCAGUAAGUUGUCACGGCAACAGUGAUGAGGAUGAUGAUACGAUCGGAGGGAGGAGCGACAAACCUGUGUUCAAUAAUGUGAAUUAAUUUAGGUAAAGAGGCUGUUAGCUCAGUGAUGAUUAUGUACUAUGGGAUUCACUCCUUUUUCUGGUCGAGCUACAUUUUUAAGUCAGAAAAUGAAAUGCACAUUUCUUUAAUCUCUGUUAUACAUCAUAAUACUGUGUGAAUGUUUUUUCCAUACCAUGCUGUUAUUUUUUGAAUGUAUGCAGAGAGAAAACCAUUUACUGGGGGAGAGAAAUGUCAGCCUUUCCAAGGCACUCAGGCAUCAAAACACGUUUUAUGAUGCUAAUGUGAAAACAUUUCACAGACUCUUUUAUUAGAACUUAACUUUUUUUGGGAGAUAACCGCUGUGUGCUGCACAUGGCAUGGAACGUUUGAACUAUAAAUCUAUACUCUAAGGCUGGCUCAUCAGUAAUAACUAAAUCUUACAGACAUUGUGGUUCUCCAACAUUCACCACUGGUGUAGAAAGGAUCUAGAUGUCUAAAUAUUCUCCUUCAGUCAAUGUGAAAACCAUUAAAUAGCCUUGAUCUCUGAUUCUCCUCCGUGUUUUAACUUUUCCUAACUCCAGUUCUGCUGGUCCGAUCCACUUUCUCUGAUGAGGACUCAUGUUUUACACGACACAUUGGUUAUUUGGUGAUUAUUAAUUUCUUCAGUUGUUUAGCUGAUGAUAAUUUGUAUUCUGUAUGGAUGUGUUGUAAGUGGGGUAUAUAGGGAGGAGACGAUCUGUAGAGAAAAGAAUAAUAAAAAUGUAUUUAUUUUCUGUA